GGCAUUGCAUUUCGCUUGCACCUUUUUCUCACGACUCAUCGCUUUCGAACAGCGAAGCGCGUAGAACGAUGGGGUCAAGGGACAAAGACCAAACGACACCGCAUCAUCAGCCUCUUCUCAGCAGCCUCGUCGUGCGGCCCUCCACCAGCGACGGAGCCGGCGGCGGAGGCGGUGGCCGUGGCAGCGAUUACGAGCCCGGCGAAGUUCGCCGCGAGCCUCCUCCCUACACUCGCUCGGAUCGUUACCCCGAUGACCCUGGAUAUAGAGUGCGUGCAGGUUCUGCUUCACCUGUACACCGCAGGGAUGCAGAUCAUCGCUACAGCUCUGAGUAUAAUCAAUCAGGGCCCCCCCUACGUGGGCGUGAUUUUGGCAGUGCACGGGAUUCUGGUAGAUAUCGAGACCGCUCACCCCAUUAUGCUCGAGGAAGGGGUGCUGGCAGGCCAUUUGGUAGAGGUUUAGAUGGACCGGGGCUCGGUCCUGGGCCAUUCAGAGGUGAAGGGAGUAGAAAUAAUCCAAAUGUGCGCCAAAGGCUUGGAGACUGGAUUUGCCCAGAUCCUUUAUGUGGCAACCUGAACUUUGCAAGGCGAGAAUACUGUAACAACUGCAACAAGCCCCGCCGUGGAACUGGGGGAAGUCCUCGAAGGGGUUAUCCUGGGCCACCACCUCCUAAUGUUCCUCAUAAACGCUUCCCUGGUCCUCCAAUUGAUCCUCCUCCCCUUGGAAGGACCUUAAAUGGUGGCUAUAGGUCUCCACCUCGUGGCUGGGGCAGAGAUGGCCCCAGAGAUUUUGGUCCUGGGCUCCCACCUCCAAGGCAUGAAGGCAGGUUUCCUGACCGUCAAAUGCAAAGAGACCGGCUGGACUACUCUGACAACUACAGAGGAAGAAGCAAGUUCGAUAGGCCAAUGCCUAUGGAUUGGGGUAACAGAGAUCGUGGAAGGGAUGGCUUCUUUAAUGAAAGGAAACCAUUUGACAGGCGACCGCCCUCUCCUUCACCACCACCACCACCACCACCGCAUGUACCUCCUCACCGUGGCCGAUGGGCACAUGAUGCUAGAGAGAGAAGCCGGUCCCCAUUAAGAGGCGGCCCACCACCAAAAGACUACAACAGGCCUAUGUACAUGGACCGGGGACGAGAUAAUCGUCGAGGCAUGGGGCGAGGCCGAGUUGGAGAUGCAUAUUGACUAGGAGGCCACGGGGAUUUUUUUCUGGUGUAAUUUUGUCUGAGUAGGUAUCCGUUUUCCAUCUAGAGAGUAAGGAAGAAUGCGUAGAGUUUAGUACUAGUUUUCGUAUUUUGGUUUUGAAUUCGUAUUUGUGACUUUGAACAGGUUAUAUGUUUCUUCAGUCCUCCAUGUUUUUUAGGUUAUGUUGUUCAUAUGAUGGAUUAUCCACGGUUAUCCUUCUGACCUUCAUGUUACUUUUAAAUUUUUGUUUUCGAUUCGCUUUUAUG